GCGUGCCCCGCCCCUCCUGCGGAGCCCGGAUGAAGUGUAACGCCAUUACCGCCGGAGCCGCCGAGAGCCCUAGCGGACUCGCAGUGGACACCGACCGGCCGCACCAUGAGACUCCUCCCCCGCCUGCUGCUGCUGUUCCUGCUGGCCUUCCCCGCCGCCGUGCUGCUCCGCGGCGGCCCCGGAGGGUCAUUAGCAGUGGCUCAAGAUCUUACAGAAGAUGAAGAAACAGUGGAAGAUUCAAUAAUUGAAGAUGAAGAUGAUGAAGCUGAGGUAGAAGAAGAUGAACCCACAGAUUUGGCAGAAGAUAAAGAAGAAGAAGAUGUAUCUGGUGAACCGGAAGCUUCACCGAGUGCAGACACAACUAUCUUAUUUGUAAAAGGAGAAGAUUUUCCAGCAAACAACAUCGUGAAGUUCCUGGUAGGCUUUACAAACAAGGGGACAGAAGAUUUUAUUGUUGAAUCUCUAGAUGCCUCAUUUCGUUAUCCUCAGGACUACCAGUUUUACAUCCAGAAUUUCACAGCUCUUCCUCUGAACACUAUAGUGCCACCCCAGAGACAGGCGACUUUUGAGUAUUCCUUCAUUCCUGCAGAGCCCAUGGGGGGACGGCCUUUUGGUCUGGUCAUCAAUCUGAACUACAAAGAUUUGAACGGCAAUGUAUUCCAAGAUGCUGUCUUCAAUCAGACAGUUACAGUGAUUGAAAGAGAGGAUGGGUUAGAUGGAGAAACAAUUUUUAUGUAUAUGUUCCUUGCUGGUCUUGGGCUUCUGGUUGUUGUUGGCCUUCAUCAGCUCCUAGAAUCUAGAAAGCGCAAGAGACCCAUACAGAAAGUAGAAAUGGGCACGUCAAGUCAAAAUGAUGUUGACAUGAGCUGGAUUCCUCAGGAAACUUUGAAUCAGAUUAUGCAGAGUAGAAGAGAUAAAGCUUCUCCACGAAGGCUGCCCAGGAAGCGGGCACAGAAGAGAUCAGUGGGAUCUGAUGAGUAAAUGUUCUUUGUGCAACACUUCAGUCUGUGCUUCCCCUGCCCUAAUGUUUUCGGCCUGAUGGGAAUUAGUGCAGAGAAGCCAUGUCACCAUAGAAGGCAACUGCUGCUUAUGUGUGGACUGAGCAAUCAGAGUCUGUGGCGAUAAUAUUGCUGAAAAUGCACUGCAUUCGUUUUUCUAAAGUAACAAAUUUGGUUUUGUUUUUUUGAUUUUUAAACAUUAAACUGUGUGGGUGUGAAUGUCUAAGCAGUUGUCUUACCAGAAUCCUUGUGAAACUACCUGAGCCAAGCCUUUAGAACACUCAGUAAACGCUGGUGCAGCUUCCCUGUGGUGGUUUCUGGGGUUUGCCCCCACACUCAAUAUUUGUUGCCAGUGUGGUUUUAGAUGUUCUGCCAUGGAUCAUUUUGAGGAAAUAAUUUGUUUAUUUCUUGGAAUCGGUCAAAUCCAAGCUGAGGGCACAAACGGGCCUUUUGCUUGCUGUCUGCUGCAGCUUAUAUUCUAAAGGCACAUGCAGGAGUGACUGCUCCCUGAGCAGCAGAGGCAUGCUGGGUUAUUUGCCGCUGUUUACUGUGUGCACACCUUCAGGAACUCACCAAUGGAGUCAAGGAAUUUUGGAAUCUCUAGCAACAAAAUUGUGAAACCUGACAGUUCUGUUGAUGUUGGUAUAUAAAGCCUAAUUUUACGCCUGUUUUCUUUUGUUUCUUAAACAAAAAUAGUUUGUGCAAACUGGGUUGUUGUGUUGUCUGUUGUUCCUGUGACCUGGGGAGCUCUGGAGUGACCUCCUUUCUUUGCUUCUUUGCUUGUUGUUGGCUUUAAGCAGCGCAUUUUGUUCUUAGAAAUAAUCUUAAGAAAACUUGUCAUGGUUUACAGACCAAGGGGAUCAAGUUUGAAAGGCAAAGGGAUACAUUUUGGUUAAUCCUAACCUGUAAAAACAUUAGUUGGAAACUUUUAAAGUAGUUACAAGGUUUAUCUUUGGCCUGAUCUUUUGGGGUUUUUGAUUGUUGACCUACUUCUUGUCUUUGUUAAUGUGGAAAAUUCCCAAAAUUCAAGCACUUAAGAUUUCAGGACCAAAAUUAAGUUGGUUUUGAUAACAAUCCUUUAGUUAUUCUUGCCUGAACUAGUGAAUUAAGUUUGGCAUUAUUGUCAGACUUAAAGUUAACGUUGAGUUCAGUGAAUGGGUCAGAGACUUCCCUCUGUUUUUAAGCCAUAUUCUCCCUGUGUGUAUAACAAGGAAGUAGUAAUUUCAGUAGUUCUUUUAUUCCUGACGUCAUUUUCAUUGGAAGGUCCAAUCCCUUCCCCACACAUCUAAAGGAAAACAACACAACAAAAUACACUCAGAAACAGAACUUCUAAGCUGUUUAACGUGGGAGCCAAAGCCAAUAACGAUAGAAGGUCUUCUGUAAUUGUUAAUUAUUUUGCAAAAGGGGCUGAAAUGUCAAAUUGCCUGUAUUUGCAUUGUUGGACUGUAAACUUUCUAUGGCUGUAAUAUAAUGUGUGUGGGUUUUUAACUGGGCUGUAUAAUCAGUUUAUUUUGAAAAGGUUCUUUGAGGCCUGAGGGACUGUAUGGUUUUUAACUUGAUGUAAUAUAGGAGACCCUUCUCAUUCUCAAGAAACAUUUUCCAGAACCUUCUGUGAAUAUCUAAGUUUGUUAAGCUACUAUAACAUACUACAGUAAGGUAUAAGUGAUUAAAACCUUUAAAUGGUCCUUAGAGUUUGACUAAACACCUGGUAAAAACAUGGGCAAUUGCAGAAACCACACUUAGAGCUGCCACAUUCUCAUCCCUGAGUAAUUGCCUUAUACACCAGCUCUUUGUUUCUGAGGCCCAGAUUAGAGCCUCAGGAGUGUAGAAUGUAUUACUUUUCAGUGGAGACUGGGGCAGCUGAAAACUCGGGUCUUCAAGUGCCAGGUGUCUACUAUAGCAUCAGUAAGUAUUUAGCAGAAACUAACUCCAUAAUGAAUGGAAUUCAAUUCCACACAUGGUUUGUUCAAGCACACUUAAUACGUAGUCUACUUUUUAAAUGUAAAUACUUAGAUGAAGCGCUUUUUUUUUUCUUUCAAUAUAGUCAUUUGCGUCAUCAACCUUGGUUUCAGAAUUCAUCUUUUGAACAAGUGGGUUUCAGAAUGUGUUAAAUUAAUUUAAGGAUCAUGUGUAUCAAACGCCACCCAGACCUUUGAGAAUAACGUGUCAUAAAGCAUGGGUCUCACCCUGGUUGUAUAGCUUCAUCAUUUGAAUCAUGUUCUAUACUGAUACACUGUCCACUGAAGCAUUGCCUGAGGAGUUUGGAAAGGAGAAGUGAGACUUUGUAAAGCCUAAGAGGAGAGAACCAGGUAGAAAUGCGAAGUAGCAGUAACAACAGAAAAUAGAACUUGAUAGGUUGGGGGCCUAGUUUAUCAGCCUAGAACUGCCAAGGAGAGGCAAGCGGUAUAGCAUUGAAUAACGGUCAUGCUCAUAUUUUGGAGGUAUAGUAGAUGAUGUUACAUGCAGGAAUAUAGAGCGUCAUCUCUUGCAGUGCAAAGGUGUUUGCUCAUACUCUUGGUAUAAAGGAAAAUGUGCUUGGUAGUGCAUUUGAGCCAUGCCUUUUGUUUGUCUUACAGCCUUGUUCAGGAUAGUCUUGAAUUCCUACAGUAUGGCGUGAAAUAAUUUUAAUUCAGCUCAGAACAAUAUAUAUGCUCUCAAAGAUGUUGAUUGGUUUUUCUUUGAGUUCCAAGAUUGUAUGUUAGCUUAAAUUGACUAUUUCUAGAUACAGUUGAAGUACUUACACAGUGUUGGGUAGCAAUUAUAGAUAGCCAUAGAACUGGCCAGUAACCUUGAUCUGUAUUUCUUUAAUAAAUCCUCCCUUAUUCAGCUUAGUGAAGAGCAACCUCAUGGUCAAAUUUCUUGUCAGCAGUGUGUGUGUGAUGUUAGGUUUCAUGGUUACGCUGGUCUGUGUUCCAGAGAAAAUGACCUGUACAGAGUACUUCCUAAGAAGGGACAACAGGGCUACGAAUUAUUGCAGAUAGCUAAGCAAUAGUUGCUUUGGGGCAUUAAUUUUGUUUGUAUUUGCAUGCUUUUUAUCUCUUUUUCAUUUAUACAAAACCUAGCCUUGUGAUUCUACCCGAAGUGGUCUGGUGUCUUUUCUAGAUGGUAGAAUUGUGUAGGAAUACACACUGAGGCUGGGUAUCCUGCCUUUGUAAGGGAGUGGGAAGGGAAGCUUGUUUGUUGAACAUGAGUCAUGAGAUGUGUUCUGUGGGCCCUCCUCUUUAUGACCCUUCACAACAGCUCACUGGGGCAGCCACAUUGUUUUCACUUAGUAUGUGUAAAAAGGGUCAUUGAAUUUAAGUGACUUGGAGGUUAUGUAUUAAAUAAGGGCUUCCAAGAGAUGUCUUUUUAAAAAAAACCUUGGUGUUCUUUCCCUGUACUCCAGACAACAUGGACAUUUUAUAAAACCAAGCAUUUGGGCAGCUUACAAAUAUCAUUUUCCAGAAUCCAGCAGCUAGAAAGUUGAGAUAUAAAUUAAUUUUUAUAAUUUAGUUAACCACAAUACAUCAUUUGGCCUUCAUUAAAUAAUAUAUGUCUCCCUAGUAAAGAAUUAACGUUCUUUAAAAACAUCUGGCAGUGUGUGAUGGUGAACACCUGUAAUCCCAGCACUGGGGAGGCAGAAGUAGAAGGAUCAUGAGGAAGUCCAGCCUGGCCACCUAGUAAGACCUUGUUUAAAAGAAAAUGAAAACAAUGUUUGGAUGGUUUGAAUUUUUUACCUGAAAUCGUGUUAGAGAUGUAAUAGCUGCUUGUAUUGUAGUGGCAGGUGGGGGCAGGUCUGGGGUUACAAGACUUCUGAUCUACUUUCUAUUCAGUUUGGAUUUUCUUUGGGCACAAUAAGAUAUUGCAAAGAAAAUCCAGUGUACCUGAAAAGCCCAAAGGAUAAAUAGGUCUUUAGUCUUCAAGACACAGGUAAUUUGUGCCUAUUUUGUUCCUUUGCUUUCCCUUAUACAGACUUCUGUAGGUGCCUGUGACAGUUGGUCCUGUUGUCACAUCUCCCUCUGCUAGAUUAGGAGCCCCAAGACUUGGGUAUUGACAGCCUCUAGCUCAGUUAGGUGGAAACCUGUUACUGUGUAAAGGUUAGCCUAGUCUUAGUGAGUUCUAGGCCAGCCAGAACUACAUAGCAAGACCCUAUCUCAAGAACAAAGGCAGCAUGGACUGGAAACAUAGCUCACUUGACAAUGGCCUUGCAAGCAUGAGGACUUGGGUUUGAGCUCCUGAAACUAUAUGAAAAUGCCAGGUAUGGUGGCAUGUGCUGGCCAGCUGUCUCAAAGGUAGAGGACAGCAUUCCUAAGGAUGACACUCAAGGUUGUCCUCUGGCCUCCAUACACCUGCAGUCUGAAGGCAUUUUAGUCAAGAGGAUGAGAAAUACUGAAGAGUGCUGUGUGUAGAGUACAGCACUUGUCUCGUGUGCACAAGACCCUGAGUUCAGUUCUUAGCACCGAGAAGUAAAAGUGUUGAAGUCGGGUUUACCAAGCACUUGCUCCAUGUUCAUUCACAGACACUCAGUCAUCAGCUAUGUGACAUAGCCUCCGGGACGGCCACUUCUGUGCUCAGUUGCUGCCUGGAAAUUGACUGGAGGUGUAAGGAACCCCUUGAUGAGUAUGUGCUCACCAUGCGCACAGUAGGCUCUCCUGUGUCCUCAGGACUGCAGGAACCUUAAUGCUUCCCGAGGACUUUGUGGAUUGGACUCUUCAUCUCCAGAUGGAAUCUUCCUUCCGUACCAUCCUCUCCAUCUCUGACUCUGCUUUGCCUGCUUCUUAAAAGCUUCGUCUUGAGUCCUGCAGCUGCUUCUCUUCCACUGUCUGCUUUUUCUCUUGUCACACUGUCCCCUGUGCUGCUGGCCUUGCUGGCCUUCACUAGGCCUGCAGUGUUUCAGUGUCCUUUUGACUUAGUCCUGCCUGGGCAGAGCCUGCUCUUCUAGGAUCUCAUGGCACUCCAUGUGGCCAGAGCCAUCUGCAUUGGCCACCAACCCCAAGUCCCCUUUCCCAUCCAGGGUCAUGCCAUGCUUCGGCACUAAAGCAUUUCUCACCGCCAUUUCGUGGUUCGUGUUGAGGUUAUUUCAACCCGGGAUUCUUUGAUCUCAAGAAUUCCCUUCAGGGCCAGUCUAACUGCCUGUGACCCUCUAGUAUCUCUUCCCACCCCAAUAACACAUGCUCUCUUCCAUGACCUUCUCCAGCUCUUGUGUCGCCUUUCAGCGGCACGACUUCCCUUUUAGCCUUAAUGAAUUAGUGACAGCUAACCCUAGCUCUGCUGUGAAUUAGAUUUCAGUUCUCUCUACUUCUGAGGUACCUCUGAUUCAAAACAUCACUUUUUCUAUUUCCCACUUUCCUUCAGGAGACCUGGAGCUGCUGUUGUAACUUGGCGCUUCCCCACGUGUGGUUUCCCACAGUGUGCUUCAAGCAGGUCCAUUCAUUAGGAGGCUUUACGGGAGGGGGGUGUUCUUGAUGGUGAUGUGUCUGAAGGUGUUCUUUGGGUGGCUUUUGUGUUUGUUGAGUGGAAAUGGGGGAAGUGAACUAGUAGUUCUCAUGCAGCUUUGAUAUGCAUUCCUCAUAUGAGUGUCAGGAUGACUGUGCCAAGUCUGGUGAGCCCAAGAGGUAAAGGUGCUUACUCUGGAACUGUGUUGCUUCUGUUUCCAAGGCAUAUCCCUUACAGCUGUUCGGGAGAGCAUCGCUGCAGUAUGAAAACUUUCUCAAGUGCUAGCCUGUCACUGUUGAUCUUGAGAAAUGAGGUGCUUAAAGAUAUCUAAAAUACUAAACAGAAGAAAAAA